CCCCCCGGCGCCGCUCCACGCGUGUUUCCCCCACGUUGCGGGGCGGAGCGGGGCGGUGACGCGGCGGCGGCGGGGCUAUAAAGCACCUGCCGGGCCCCCGCCGGCUCCAGACGCAUCGCGGCGGCCCCGGCAGCGCACGGAGGAGCAGUGGGGAGGAAAGAAAGGAAAAAAAAAACCAACCAACCAACUCUAGGAUAAAACAACCCCAAAAGCCUCCAACUCGCCACCCGAGACCCGCCAUGGCCAGCCACCCCGCCGGUGCCAUCCUGCUGGUCAUCGCCCUCUGCACCCUCCUGGGAGAUGGUAUGGGCCAUCCUCCGCUGGAGUCCCACCUGGCCACGCACCCGAGGACCAAGCGAUGUUCCUGCAACAGCUGGCUGGAUAAGGAGUGCAUUUACUUCUGUCACCUGGACAUCAUCUGGGUCAACACGCCUGGCCACACCGCUCCCUAUGGCUUGGGAAGCCCGCCAAGGCGGCGCAAGAGAUCGCUCGGCAGGUGCGAGUGCUCGCACUCGAGGGACAACAUCUGUGCCACCUUCUGCCAGGCGAAGCCUGGGUACCUCCAGAGUCUGAAGGUCCCAGUGAAUGCUGGAGCAUCCAUGAAAUCUCCGCAGGGAGGUGGUGCAAGGCCUUCCCACCAUGGCCUGCUGAGAGCUCUCAGGGAUCUUGCCGUCUCCAGCCUGCGGUUCGGCAAGCAUCAGCACCGUUCUCGGAGGAACGCGCAGCCGACAGUUUUGCCUUGGAAGAAGAACAUCUGGAAGAAGAAGAGAUAAGGAACAGGUGCAUACCAAGUUCAGCAGAAGAAUUUGGAGUCCUGUGGGUGCCGCUAACUCCGCUGUCGGUAGUUAGAGCUGAAGGAAAGGCCAUGAGUGGAAGGGGGAAGAAGUGGAAGUCUCCAUGCUCCUGUUGCGUGAACCAGUACUGCGUGCACUUCAGAGACUGUUGUAAAGGGAAAAGCCUCUCUCUAUACAGUCACAGAUGUGUCAUGGAGCUGAAUUGUGCCUUUUUGGAUCAGGCAAGGGUCUUGCUGGGAGAGUGCUAGCUUAACUCGUCACUGGAGUCCGAGGCAGAGGGUCAGCCCGCGCCGGGCAGUUGAGUCACGUACAAACCAGGAGGCUCCGUGCAGUUCUGGACCUGGCGGCACUGAGCCCUGUUGCUGGUCUGCUCUGCCUUUGGGCAUGUCUUGGCCCAAGACUUGGUUCCAGCUUGGCCCCGCUCAGCGGUGGUUUGGCUGCUCGUUGUAGAUGGGGGAUAAACUGCCACCAGCAUGAGCCCACCGUUGCACUUUUUUCUCUUGUCAGACAGUGCGAUGUGCAUACAAAAGAGACUCCCAUGGUAAAAACAGCUCCCAGUUUUUAUUAAAAAAAUAAUAAUAUAUAUAUAUAUACCAUCUAGAAGCCUAAAAGCCAACUGAGUAGUCGGUGGCAUUCUUCGGGUGAGGAAUUCACUGAAGGGCCGUCUGUCCUUAAGUGGCCCUUAAUUAGGUGGAGGAUAGCUUGCUUUCACCGGAGCUUGUAUCAAACCCAAGCGCGACGGAGCUUGUAUCAAACCCAAGCGCGACCCCUGCCAUCGGGCGCAGCUGCCAUGGGGGUGAGCAGGCUGAAGUGGAGCUGUAAUCCUGCAGCAGCCCCACGUCGCCCGGGGGAGGCAGCCCCCCUGGGUCCCAGGCAGGGCCCAGCUGCUCGGCUGGAUGAGUUUAGUGCUGGGAAUCUGUCUCGUCUCCUUGGACAUGCCCUUAGCAGGGUAGAGUACUUCCAGCUCUUAACCUAAUACCCCGGCUUGCUUUCAGCCCCACCUGAAAGGAAAGGCUCGGGGAAGAGAAGGUGGGUGGUGGGAAAAUAGCACGCAAAGGCUUGCUUGCUGCUUCGCUUAGAUCAGGUCUCUGAGUUGGACUCUAUAUUAAAUAAAUGACCAGUGUAUGUAUAGCAUGUCACGAUGAGAAGAAUAAGGAAUGCAUUAGGCAAGGGGCAGCCGGGUGGGAUUGCUGUGGAGCAAAGGAUCGCUAAGAAGAGAGCACAGCACUGUCUGCACAGCUUUAGAUUCAUCUUGGAUUUCAACCCAUGCCAGAACCGUGUCCGUGUCCCCAGGCCUGGAGCAGCACGGUGCCGCUGGCCCAGGGGAGGGAAAGGAUAAUUUGGAAAAAAUAGAGCCCAGGACCUAGAAACCAAUCUUGUAGGCAAACACAAUCUCAAGACUCCGGAGUUGUAUUGCAAAUGCACUUUUGUUUGCCUGGGCAGAUUAACUUCUAUUAUAAAUUGUGGCUGCAGCUGUCAUCUGGUUCGUGCAGAUAAAUAAUUGCUCUCCUGGAACCACUGUUGGGUCCCCCUUGCUGCCCAAUCCAGUAUUACACACGAGCAUUUAAAAAGGCUACUUGAAGUUGGUGGUGGACCAAAAUCUGUGGCUGUUGCAAGUGUAGUCCCAUUGGACAUACAAAAUACUUCCUUGAUUUUUUCUUUGUGCCCUAGAGGGGGGAAAAUUAGACCAAUUGAUUGUAUUGUAAAUGAAACCGCCGACUAAUCAUUUGGUCCCCAAAGCUGCAGAGAAACUUUUUUUAUAUUUAACCUUCUGAAGGUUUGAGUCAUUCUAAAAAAAAAAAAUAAAAUCCUAAAAGGGUUUGUUCCAGAGGGAACUUUGCACAUGGUUUAAUGUGAGCCUAGUAAUUUAAAAUAAAAAUACUGCUGUAAAGUACUAUGUAUAUUUCCUUGUGUGUAUGUCUCAUCUUUAGGUGACUUAUUGCACACGUGGCAUAUGUAGCAUCCUGAAAUCUGUAUAUUUAUUUAAAUCUAUUGAUUUUUUUUUGUCAGUAAU